GACCGAAGCCGAGAGGUUGCCCCCGCCGCUGCCCCCGCGACUGGACUGGUUUGUGCACACGCAGAUGGGCCAGCUGGCCCGAACCAGGGUCCCCGACUGGUUCCACGGGACCAUCUCCCGAGAGCGGGGCGGCACCAUCCGUGAACGCGGGACGCAGCUUCAGAAUCCUCCUUAACACCGUCCUCAAGCAACGGCGCUCCAGCCCUGGGAUGGAACUCACGUGCCCUUUGCGUUUCAGAACGUGAGCUCUGAGGUGCGCGGGAGCCAGCCCGCCUCCAGCGCCAGCUCCAAGGAGGAAAGAACUUUCCCCACGCUCUGCACAUAGGACAUUGAGAGCAUGUGGGACGGUCCCACGGAGGAGGCGCUGGUGUGGCGUCCGAGCUCUGGGACGGGGCUGUGCAGCUGCAACCUAUCGGGAGCUGCGGGGAGCGAUUUUAAAUAUUUUAGCAGCUCUGUUGACAGAGUAGAAGGAAUAAGAUGAGGUUGCUUUUCAUCGCACUUUAUUUACUCCAGUGUACGCAGGAGAUGAGCAUCUGGACGUGCAACGCAGGCAGGAGUGUGCGUUCUUCAGUGCGGGGGUCCCUCCGUGUCCACGGGGGCUGGUUCCAGGACCUCCCUGGGACACCAAAAUCCGUAGAUGCUCAAGUCCCGAUAGCAAAUGGCUAGUACUUGCAUGAAACCUGCACAGAGAGGAGAAGGAGAGAAGUGAGAGGGACAGUGAGCACUUUGGGGCACUUAGAGGUAGCAAGCCCCUCCAUCUGUUUCCACACCAGCCCUGGGAAUGAGGCCCACUUUCCCCUUGAGGAAGCUGAGGGUCAGAAAGGGACAGACACCUGCCUGAGGCCACACAGCCAGCGAGCAGCAGAGCUCAGUUUUGACUUCAAGUGCAUCUGCUCCGGCUCCUGCUCCGCCACCUGGGACUCUCGAUUCACCCAAAGGCGCUUUGGCGGGAGGAGAUCAGCCCUGGGUCAUUGUCACCAGAGGUCGACUGCCACUUCUAGGGACCACCUCUGUCCCUGACUAUCCCAAGAUUUAAAACAACUGGGAGAAAAUUUGGUUUUAGGUUGUUUGUUUAGAAAAUCAGAAGUGCUGGCCAUCAUGGCUGCACGGCCCCAGUGUGCUGGGCAGUUGGGCCGUGGCCAUGUCCCUCCUGUGUACCUUUCCAGGGCUGCUGAGGACCUACUGGCGUCAGAACCACUGGGGUCUUUUCUCAUCAGGGUCAGUCACAGCCACGUGGGCUACACUCUUUCCUACAAGGCCCCGAGCUGCUGCCGCCACUUCAUGGUGAAGCUCUUGGACGACGGGAGCCUCGUGAUCCCGGGGGAGAAGGUGGCGCACGCCUCCCUGGCCGCCCUGGUUGCCUUCCACCAGCAGAAGCCGGUUUGGCCGCACGAGGAGCUGCUGACCCAGCCCUGCGGGCAGAAGGAUCCAGCAAACGUGGAUUAUGAGGAUCUCUUUCUUUACUCCAAUACACUGGCAGAGGAGGCCGCCAACCCUGCCCAUGACCUCGGGGAUCAUCAAAGACCUUCCUCCUGCCCAGUGACUGCACCUGAGCAGGUCCCCGCGAGGCCGGCCCUGCUCCACCGGGCGACGGCCGCGAGAGAGCCCGCCCAGGACGCCGCCGCCCCGCGCCCCGCUAGCGCGCCUUGGGGCCAGGCCUGCCGGAGACUCUGGAGGAGCCUCAGAGCGCGGCCCCCGCUGCCGCUCAAGUCCCACCUCGCGGCCCUGAGUUUGUCGUCACUCCGGGAGGCCCGGCCGUCGUCAGCGACCCGCAGCUCCGGGGCCCAGGCGCACAGCAGACAGCACUCAGCAGAAGCAGCCUGGAGGGACAGUGUCUCCAGGGACCCUUGUGUGGCCACAGCCUUUGACCCCUCACAGCCCCAGGCCCCAAGACACAGGGACGCCUCCUCCAGGAAGGCCGCCAGGCCCAUGAGCUGGAGCGGGGUGGCCACAGGGGUCAGGGGUUGGCACCAAAAGGUAGCACGGGCCCUGUCUUCCCAGGAGACCAAGCUGGAGCCGGGUGACGUGGCCGAGCCCCAGGUGGACUGGCUCCCCGAGGAGUACCUCCCGCCGCCACCCUUCGCCCCUGGGUACUGCUAGCGGGGGCUGCCCCAGCGCCAGGACCAUGCCAGGGGCCCCGCACUCCUGGAGCGCGUCCCUCUGCCACCGUCCCACACCCUCAGCGGGUGUCUGGGGGACCUGGUCCUGCCAUUGACACCACGUGGCCCGUUUAAUAAUGAAGAUCCCAGGCGCAGCUGGGCAGUGCACAUGCCUGUGACCCUGACCCCUCCAUCCCCCGCUGGGAGGCUGAGGCAGGAGGAUGGGGAGUUCAGAGUCAGCCUCCGCAACUUAGUGAGGCCCUAAGCACCUCAGAGAGACCCUGUCUCUAAAUAAAAUACAAAAAGGGCCGGGGAUGUGGCUCCGUGGGAAAGCGUCCCUGGGUUCAAUCCCUGGUACUGCCACAGCAACAGUAAUAUUCAGCAGCCAUGGGUGGUCGAGAUGCCUACUGUGUGCCCGGCCCGGUGCCAGACCCUCAUCCAAGGGCCCACAUCUCCAGGCCGACCAACCGCAGAUCACAAGUGUUGAAAAGGGGCCGGGAUGUGGCUCAGGGGUGGAGCGCUAGCCUAGCAUGUGUGAGGCCCUGGGUUCCACCCCCAGCUCCACAUUAAAAAACUAAACAAAAUAAAGGUAUUGUG